AUGUCCAAGACCCUAGCAUCGGAAGAAACCUCUCGGACUGCUUCACUGCUAUUACUGGGCAUCCUUUUACGCAGCUUAAAACCUCAGUCGAAAAAGAAAGAGGAUGCAGAAGAGAUUCUUUCCAAAAUCGAUGAGCUUGACAAAUCUCUGAAGCUUCUUGUGGAACAGUCUAACCUUGAGUAUCUAUAUGUUGCAAAGGGAGCACCAUAUUAUUCUCGUGAUCAUGAACAUGAGACUUUCUGUCUCAAAGGAACUAGAAUUGAGCUUCUUUCUCAUAUCACGUAUUGGGCGAAUCGCGACGAUAAAUUCAUGUUUUGGUUAAAUGGAAUGGCAGGGACCGGGAAGUCUACUAUUGCACGCACAGUUGUACAAGGGUUCAAAGAACGAGGACUGCUUAGUGCGAGCUUUUUCUUCAAGCGGGGCGAAGCUGACCGUGUGCCUGAGGCCUUGACCGCCAUUAAGAAUGAUCGGAAUAUCACAUCGAAGUCUCUGAGGAAUCAAUUUGACCAGCUUCUCUAUCAGCCUCUUCAGAAGCUGCAACCAGGCCAAUCUACCACGAUUGUGAUCAUUAUUGACGCCUUAAAUGAAUAUGAUGGGGAUGAUGAUAUAAAACUCAUACUUCAUCUCUUGUUCAAAUUACAAGAAAUCCAGUCAGUGCGCUUACGAGUAGUCUUGACAAGCAAACCUGAACUUCCGAUCCGUUUGGGUUUCCAAGAGGAAAAAACUAUCAGGCCCUGGUUCUCCAUGAGCUUCCUGCCAACUGGUGCAGAUGGCUCUCCCUUUGUUCAUCUUGCGGCCACUCUUUGCCGCUUUGUCGGGGAUGAAGACUGGCUUCCUGACGAGCGGCUUACGGCCGUUCUUCAAGAUAAAGCAUCAACAGCAACAUCAACAUCUAACUUAGAUAAGACAUAUGUACCAGUGCUAAACCAACUCUUUAUAGCCAAAAACAAGAAGGAAUUUGAGCAACUCUUAGAGGAGUUUCAGAAUAUCAUCGGCGUGAUUGUUCUUUUGGCUACCCCUCUUUCAGUUACUACUCUUAAGCAAUUGACGAGGAUACCUGAGAAAAAAAUUACUGAUCGAUUGAAAAAAUUUCACUCUGUCCUUCAUGUCCCAGCAGAUCUCGAAGCACCGGUUCGCAUUCUGCAUCUUUCAUUUCGAGACUUCUUAACUCAUACAGAAGGCGACUUUCGUAUUGAUGAAGAAAAUACACAUCGACAAAUAACAUCUGACUGUCUCCGCGUCAUGAACACUCAGCUCAGAAACAAUAUAUGUGAUCUAGCAAGUUACGGAAUACAGUAUAAGGAUAUCGAUCCUCAGAUCAUCCAGCAGCGCCUCCGAACUUACUUACAACACUCCUGCUAUUAUUGGGUGCACGCAGCGGCAGACUCUAGAGGGCCAUUUAGAUCGAGUCACAUCAGUAGCCUUCUCUCUCGAUGGACUCACGCUAGCAUCGGGCUCGGACGACAAGACCAUCAAGCUCUGGGAUACGGCGACGGGUACACAGCGGCAAACGCUAAAGGGCCAUUCAUGUGCGGUUAUAUCAGUGGCCUUUUCCCCCGAUGGGCUCACGCUGGCAUCGGGCUCGGAAGACAAGACCAUCAAGCUCUGGAAUACGGCGACAAGCACGCAGCGGCAGACGAUAGAGGGCAAUCCAAGAGACAUGAACUCAUCGGUCUUGUCUCCUUAUCCUGA